AAGUCAUAGAUUAGGGGGUGAGGCAACAAGUACAUACUAAUAAUACAUACAGAGUUGUUGCUAAAUUUUCAAAACGGUUUAUUUACAAUGAUUAAUGAAUAGGUUGAAUUAAAAAAUUAAUAUCAAUUCAAGAAAACAUGUUUACUACUAAGGCAUUUAUUAAAAAGACAAAAAUUGGUCAUUUUCUAAAGAAUGUUAGGGAACAUUAUAUACGAGAUGACAUCUUUUGUGGAAUUUCAACCUGUGAAAAAUGCCAUCCUGUGGACUCAAACUUAAGUACAACCCAUCAAAACAAAUGUGGUCUCUUUGAUUUUAACCAUUUUCUAAUACUAGACACCAACAUCAUUCUAGAUCAGAUGGACAUUUUGGAUGAGCCAAUACUUGGAAAUGUAAUUAUUUUGCACACAGUCCUGAAAGAGGUUAAACAUCGUAGUUUACCAACAUACAAAAGGCUUCACAGCAUUAUCGAGAAUCCCAGUAGACAUUUCUAUGUCUUUACCAACGACCAUCAUAAAGAUACAUAUAUUAAACAAAAAGAUGGUGAAUUAAUUAAUGAUUACAAUGAUCGAUGCAUAAGAAAGUCAUGUUCAUGGUAUAUUCAACAUCUGCCUAAAGAGAAAUUUGUAUUUCUUAGUGACGAUGCAAAUAACAGAAAUAUAGCACUUGAAGAAGGAAUACCAGCAUGUACAAUAAAGGAUUAUAUCACAAAUGUACCAGAUAACUCAAUCUUACAAGACAAACUUUCUAAAAAAGAAAUCGCUAUUGAUAGUUACACAAAAGAUGUAUUUCCUCCGCAUUUAUCAAAUGUGGCACUGCUAACCGGUGUUAAAGAAGGAAAACUGUAUCAAGGUACUUUUCGGGCUUCUAGGGAUAACUUUUUGGAAGGAUUCGUGAACGUUGAUGCUUUUAAAGAUUCGGUAUUAUUGCAAGGAAGAAGUGGUCUCAACCGCGCGGUGGACGGAGAUAUCGUAGUAGUAGAAGUGUUUCAAGAAGAAAAUUGGGUAGCUCCCAGCGAUAUCGUAUUAGAAGACGAAGGUGCCGCUGAAGCUAGCAUCGAUGAAGUUGAAAUUAAAGAGCGCGAAUUAAAACAGGCGCAAAACAAAACGGGAGAGGUAAGGCCAACAGGAAAGGUCGUCGGAAUCAUAAGAAGAAAAUGGCGACAAUAUUGCGGGAUUUUGCAAGGCGGAAUGGAUGGAGUUUAUCAAUUGUUCGUGCCAUCCGAUAGAAGCAUACCUAAAAUUAGGAUAGAAACAAGACAGGCUGAAUUUUUGAGAACUCAGAAAUUAAUUGUAACGAUAGAUUCGUGGCCUAGAUAUUCAAGGUAUCCUCAUGGUCACUUUGUUAGAGCCUUAGGUAAAAUUGGAGAUCAGAAUACAGAAAAUGAAGUAGUUUUGCUAGAACACGAUGUGCCACACAGUCAGUUCUCAGAAGAGGUUCUUAGUUGUUUGCCCACUUUACCUUGGAUUAUUACAGAAGAAGAUGAAAAACGAAGGGUAGAUAUCCGUCACAUAGAUAUUUGCUCCGUGGAUCCACCCGGUUGCACUGAUAUUGACGACGCCCUACAUUGCCGUCAGAUUGAUGACGAUAAACUGGAAGUAGGCGUUCACAUAGCCGAUGUAUCACACUUUAUAAGACCCGGUACCGCUAUAGACAUAGAAGCUGCUUCAAGAGCUACUACUGUAUACUUAGUCAAUAAAAGAAUUGAUAUGGUACCUGAACUUCUUAGUUCUAACUUGUGUUCAUUGAGAGGUGGAGAAGAACGAUUUGCUUUUUCGUGUAUUUGGGAAAUGGAUAAAGAAGCAAAUAUUUUGAAUACUCGUUUCCAUAAAAGUAUCAUUAAAUCUAAAGCGGCAAUGACGUAUGAAGAGGCGCAAAUUAUUAUUGAUGAUAAGAGCAAAAACGACACCGUUGCAUUUUCUUUACGAGGUCUCAAUAUGCUUGCUAAAAUUUUAAAGAAACGAAGAUUAGAAAAAGGAGCCCUUGUUUUGGCGUCUCCUGAAGUGAAAAUUCAUAUGGACUCUGAAACGAUGGAACCACUAGAUGUAGAAGUGAAAAAACUUUUCGAAACUAAUUCGAUGGUAGAAGAGUUCAUGUUGUUGGCGAAUAUUAGCGUGGCAGAAAAAAUUUUAGAAGAUUUUCCCGAAUGUGCAAUGCUUAGAAGACAUCCGACUCCACCUAGUACUAAUUUUGAUCCAUUAAUCAAAGCUGGAAAACAUCUCGGUUUCGACAUUAAUAUAGAGACCGGCAAAAAAUUAGCAGAAUCUUUAGAUGCCGCUGUAAAAUCAGACAACAUCUAUAUGAACACUAUGCUAAGGAUACUAGCUACACGAUGCAUGUUACAAGCCGUGUAUUUUGCUAGUGGAACUCUACAGAAAAAUGAAUUCUUUCAUUACGGUUUAGCGGUGCCACUUUAUACACAUUUUACUUCUCCGAUCAGAAGAUAUGCUGAUAUUAUAGUUCACAGGCUACUUGCAGUGUCUUGUGGAUCAGAUGCUACUUAUCCAGACUUAUUGGAUAAACAGAAAACCGGCAAUUUAUGUCAGAACUUGAACUACAGAAACAGAAUGGCCCAAUAUGCAGGAAGAGCAUCAGUAGCAUUUAAUACCCACUUGUUUUUCAAAGGUAAAAUCCAAGAUGAAGACGGCUAUGUACUUUAUGUAAGAAAGAAUGCAUUGCAAAUACUCAUUCCAAAGUAUGGCUUAGAAAGUACGUUGUUUUUAGCCCGAAAAGGAGAAACUUCAAAUAUUUUCGAGUACAACGAAGAUGAUCAAAGCCAAAAAGCAGGAGAUAUCGUAAUCCAUUCUUUUGAUCCAGUAAAAGUAAGACUUAGUUUGGAUUCCAAUAAUAUCCAACACGAAAAGUUUGUUUUGCAAAUGGUAUAUCCAUAUGUAGAAGGAUUCAGCGUACCGCCGCUUACCGAACCUAAUGAAGCGAUGGAAACUAACCAGGAUACAGAUAAAAAGAAAAAGGGCGAAGAGGUUCCUAGAAAGAAGAAAAAGAAAUCACAUAAAAAUGUAGAUUAAAGUAUAUUUCUUAUAAAAUUAAAAAAUUAUUAAAAAUU